UAUACUAUAAAAACACAUCGUACAUUCGAUAUUUGUUCAGUUCUUGUUGGAUGUACUUUAAGCAUUCUUGUUUCUUCGAAAUCGAAUAUAUUUAAAAGAAAAAUGAAAACUAUCGUGAUUAUUUUUGCUUUCUGCAUUUGCGUUGGUGCAAUGACAAUUGAAGAAUUGAAAGCCCAACUACGUGAUGUUCAGCAAACUUGUAAAGCAGAAUCUGGCAUUGAUGAACAAAAAGCAAAUGACGUUCAUGAAGGCAGUUUCGAUGUAGAAGAUGAGAUAGCUCAACUCUACUCUCAGUGCAUAAUAAACAAAUUCAACACUGUUGAUGAGAGCGGAAACUUUAAUGAAAAUGUAGUUAGGGAAAUAAUGAAAGUAUAUCUGGACGAAAAUAAUGUUAAUCAAUUAGUCUCCGAAUGUUCAUCUGUUUCUGAUGCCAACAUACAUCUAAAAUUUAGUAAAUUAAUGAUAUGUUUUGAAAAAUAUAAAACAAUAAAAGAAAUCCUAAAUCUCUAAACAUUCAAGUAUCAAAAG